CGUACAUGUGCCCACUGGUUUUAAACUGAUAAAAGGUACUGACUUGAAUUGCUUUUUAGUUAUGUGGAGCUAUGGGGUCUCAAUACUUUCCUGCACGAUCCGUGCUUUUCCACAAGGAGCCGAGUGGAGUUACAUACCGUGUGCCUGCUUUGAUCUACAUACCUCGUUCCAGCUGUUUCUUGGCCUUCUGUGAGGAGAGACUGACUCCAGCAGACUCUCAAGCACAUCUUCUGGUCAUGCGCAAAGGCACUUUUUAUAAAACCUAUGUGGAAUGGAAAAACAUGGAGGUGCUGGGUACAGCUCGACUGGAGGGCUAUCGCUCAAUGAACCCCUGCCCCGUUUAUGAUGAGUUUACUGGCACAGUCUUUUUGUUUUUCAUUGCUGUUCUGGGUCACACCUCUGAGUCUUACCAGUUAAUUACAGGAAAGAACGUGACACGUCUUUGCUACGUGUCCAGCAGUGAUCAGGGGGACACCUGGAGCUCUGUUACAGACCUUACCAGGACGCUCAUAGGGGACACCAUUAAAGAGUGGGCCACUUUUGCUGUGGGUCCAGGUCACGGAACCCAAUUAAAAUCUGGAAGGCUAAUAAUCCCUGCUUAUGCCUACCAUAUUGACUGCAGAAAUUGCUUUGGCAGGAAGUGCAAGACGUCGUCACACUCGUUUUGUUUUUAUAGUGACACGCAUGGAAAAGUGUGGCAUUUUGGAAAGGCGUUGUCCACGCCAGAGAGUGUGGAGUGUCAAAUGGUGUCAGUAGAUGAGGAAAAUGGAGGCAACAUUUUGUACUGCAAUGCCCGGAGUGUAUCAGGUUGUCGGGUGCAGGCUGUUAGCGUUGAUAACGGGGCAGUUUUUCACGAUGGCCAGCUGGUGCAUAAACUAGUGGAGCAAAAGAAUGGGUGCCAUGGCAGUGUGAUUGGAUUUCCGGCCCCGUUCUACCAUCUCAGGCAAUCCCAACACUUUCUGAGACGGUUGAGAUCCAUCUACACUACAUUUGCAGUCAGCAUGUCUCCAGCGCUGUCUCCACAGAACUUCCUCCUACCAACAUGGGUGGUAUACACUCACCCCACCUGCUCGAAAGCUCGUCGUGAUCUGGGUGUUUACCUCAGUCUUCUGCCUCGAGACCCGGACAGCUGGUCAAGACCUUGGAUUAUCUAUGAAGGCCCUAGUGCAUAUUCAGACUUGGCCUAUGUUGAGCUGGUGUCAUCUGACGCAUCAGCGGUCCCUGUCUUCGCUUGCCUUUUUGAGAACGGCACAAAGACGGCUUAUGAUGAGAUUUCCUUCUGCAUCUUCACGCUGUAUGAACUAAUCGAUCACCUUCCCCACAACAACCAAAAAAGAAAGGGGCUCAAAACAAGGAAAGGAUUGUGGGAGUGCUGCUCUGUCUGCUGACUUUAUGUGUUACAGCAUUGGGUAAAUAUCAGAAGAAAACCUGGCUCCCUUUUAAUUCAAGGUUGUGAAUUUGUAUCUGUCUAAACCAACAUUCAAAUCUGGAUUUGACAAACCUUGCUUUUGACCUGUAAAACUGUUAAUAUGAAUUUCUUUUAUUUUCAGUUCAUAAUAUUUACAUUUCCUUGCAUUUAAAUUCUAACUGGUGUUCUGCAUACUGUAAAUACCUUUGAGAUUUUAAUUUGCUUUGCUACUACUUUCACAAGGUGUAAUUUUUAAAAAAUCCCAGCACAAAAUCUAAACUGAUUACACUUAACAACAGCUAGUCAUUCAAGACUUUUUUACUUUUCAAAUGAUCCUUGUAAUAUGUAAUGGGAACAUUUAGUUUAAUCACAAAAACACACCAGUAUGAUCCUGCCGUUUACAGUCACAUAAUUCAGUAGCAAACAA